CAGCUGCUUACAAAGAUGCCUUCUACUGUCUGCAUGUCAGCAAGUACAUGUCAGUUUCCACAACAACACUUCCACAAUGUCGCUACUCCACCGCGUUCUCUUGCUGGAAGGAAACAGCUGCCGUGGUUCAGACUGGCGGCAGGACCUACAGACGCCAUCACCUGCCAUAUCUUCCCAACCAACAGUUGGCAUGGCCUUCCGAUUCACCAUCUUUAGAACUGCGCAGACAAAGGUAGGCACGUUUCCAUCCCAUCCAGUAUCUCCUGACUGCUCUAUCAUGCUUUCAUCUUCUGCUCUCCGUCUUCUCCCAAUCGCCUGUCACCACCACCACAAUCUCAUCAACACAACAUAUGUAAUUUCUUCCCGACUCCUCCACUUCCAUGUCGGGCCCCAACCUCUGCUGCACGCUCCCCCAGCAGCGCAUCGACUCCCCCGAGCCACCAGCACGACCCCUCGGGCCCAUCGACGCCAUCUUCGCCGCAGCCGCUCUCCCCGAAGAUCAUCCACAUGCCUUCAAAGUGCCCGAGCGGAAGGUGGACGUCGACGGUGGGAUUGUGCAGAGCCCCAACAUCACCAGCAAGAUCAAAAUGCAGUUCCAUCGGACAUCUUCGAAGAAUCUGAAGGAGGAUCGCGAGUACGAUCAUGAUGCUCGGCAGAUGACUUUGCAGGAGGUUCUCAAGGCUGCCGACGAUUUGCAAGAUCCUUGGUGUAGUGCGCCGUCCGUGGAUGGGCAUAUUGCUGCCAGAUCAGAACCCAUGCUCUCGAGGCGAGUCCUGUUUUCCAAGAGUUGAAC